UUUUCUAAGCGUUUGGAAUCUGGUCACAUUUCGAAAAACAACAGCGGCCCGCAAGCAGUUUGCCCGGAGAAUAAAUCCAAAUAAAUAAUGAGCCAGACCGUGAAAUUAACUCGCACGCCAGUUUGUCUGUGAGAUCCGUGUGUUCCGUCCACCCCGCCGUCACCGCAGCACCACAGCAGCAAAAUACCUUUGACAAUCAUUGUCAUCGCAUUACCGAUGAAUAAUUGCCCUUGCGAGUGUGUGUAUGAGUGCGCGUGUAUGUGUGUGCAAUACACCCACCUACAGGGAGCUCAGCAACAACAAUAAAUCAAGCGAAAAAACAAACAAGCUGCGAUUACCCACGAUUCCGGCCACGAUUACGCAGCCCAAGAGCGGGGUUACCCGCCCAGUCGCUCCAGUGGCUUGCCCUUGCCACCAGAAACAAGAAACUUGCAAAGACCCCAAGGAGAAGCGCAAGAAAACACCCAAUUCCAAUUGCAAUUCCAAUCCGACCCCAUACGUAUACCACUCGCUGGGCGUUCGCGCCAACUAUAAAUAGAAAACAGCGCAGCAAACAACUGUCCAUAUCCAUAUCUACAUACUUAUGUACAUUUAUCGACGCAGAAGACGAAACCAUCAAGUAUUAUUCUUCAUUCCGAGACGAGAUUAGGGGCUAGAAUUAUCUAGCGAGCAGGGGAAGAGACGAUUCAGUGGAGCAUCAGGAGACAAGCACCGGGAAAAUGAACACGGUGGGUGAUAAUGAUGUGUCCAAUGGAACCGCUCCCGUGGCCACAAAGACAACCAAGGAUAUUGUCAAGGAGCGAUUCAAGGAGGACGAAACCAUAGAAUACAUAUUCGAGGCUUAUCAAAUCAAAGGUCCAGAGUACACAAAUCGCCUUCUGGCACUAGUUUCCUCGCAAUCGGGCGGAACAUUCGCCAUCAUCGCCUUCUCCUACCUGCGGACUCCGCUGACCUCCGCGAACGAGCUGAUCAUCAACAAGGUGUUUGCCAUCGACCAUAAUUUCCAGUUGCGGCAGGAUAGCAAGAGUUCAAUCACCACACAGCAGUUCGACUUGUCCACAGCUGAAGAUGGCCCUAUCAAGUACUACUACUACGCUACGGAGGGCGACCACUAUGAAGAGUUUGUGGCCAAGGUGAUUUCGUUUAAGAGCACCAUGGCUCAGUACGAUCCAGAAACGGUGCUCAACUUCAGGUGGCUAAACGACUAUCGGCAAAUCGGGGAAGUGAAGCAGGAGCUGAAAAAGCGGGAGAGCGAGUACAUAAUCUACAAGGACAUUAUCAUCUACUGCGCCACUUGGAAUGUAAACAAUAAGACCUGCAGCGACAGCAGUAAUCCGUUACGAUCCUGGCUUGCAUGCAGUGAACAACCGCCGGAUAUCUAUGCUAUUGGGUUGCAGGAGCUGGAUACUCCCACAAAGGCUAUGUUGAACUCGACCCAGGUGCAGGCCAUCGAGAAGCAUUGGAACGAUAAAAUGAUGGACAGCGUCCACCCGGACGUGGAGUACGAGAUCCUGAUGUCCCACCGACUGGUAGCCACCAUGCUGACGGUUAUCGUUCGCAAGGAGUUGCGCCAGCACAUCAUCCGCUGCCGUCCCAAGUCGGUGGCCCGCGGAAUUUUCAAUACGCUGGGCAACAAGGGUGGCGUAGCCAUAAGCCUGCAACUUAACGAGGGUAAUCUCUGCUUCGUCAAUUCUCAUCUGGCCGCUCAUAUGGGUUACGUGGAGGAGCGGAAUCAGGACUACAACGCCAUCGUGGAGGGCAUACGCUUCGAUGACGGACGAACCAUCAGCGAUCAUGAUCACAUUUUCUGGCUGGGAGAUUUGAAUUAUCGCAUUCAGGAGCCGCCCGGCCAACAGAGACCCGGACCGAUUAGCGAUGCCCAGACCUACGAGCUGCUCCUGCAGUACGAUCAGUUACGACAGGAGAUGCGACGCGGCAAAUGCUUCGAGGGCUACACCGAGGGUGAAAUCAAGUUCCGGCCGACUUACAAGUACGAUCCGGGUACGGACAACUACGACAGCAGCGAGAAGCAACGGGCGCCGGCCUACUGUGACCGAGUGCUCUGGAAGGGAACGCGCAUCGAGCAGCUGGCCUACAACAGCAUUAUGGAGAUACGCCAGAGCGAUCACAAGCCAGUGUACGCCGUGUUUCGGGUAAAGAUCAAGACACGCGACGAAGUGAAAUACAAGCGGGUCCAAGAAGAGGUGCUGAAGGCGGUAGACAAGCGGGAGAACGAUAACCAGCCACAGAUUAAUGUGGAGAAGACAGUCAUUGAUUUCGGCACGGUACGGUUCAACGAGCCGAGCACUCGUGACUUCAAUGUCUACAACAACUGUCCGCUACCCGUAGACUUUAGUUUCAAAGAGAAGGACAUUCACGCCAUCUGCGAGCCUUGGCUGCAUGUCGAUCCUCGACAAGACUCGUUGCUAAUCGACUCUGCACGCAGCAUACGGCUUAGGAUGCACGCCAAUGUGCGCACCAUUGCCGGUUUGCUACGAAAGAUACGCGUUAGCGACAACUUUGAUAUCCUCAUCCUGCAUGUGGAAAACGGUAGGGACAUUUUCAUCACUGUAACAGGCGACUACCAGCCCAGUUGUUUUGGUCUCUCCAUGGAGACGAUGUGUCGUACUGACCGGCCCUUGAGCGAGUACUCCCAGGACCAGAUCAAGCAACUAAUGAACGACGAAUCACCAGAAUAUCGCGUGACCAUGCCACGGGAAUUCUUCCUGCUUAUCGACUACCUUUAUAGACAGGGUUCCAAGCAAGUGGGCGCUUUCCCGUCCUACGACUCGCGUCUUUCCCUCGGUGCACAGUUCAACUCGGUACGUGACUGGUUGGACACCUGGUCGGAUGAACCGUUCCCUGCUAAUGCGGAGACUGCUGCACAGGCGCUACUGCUGUUGCUGGAUUUGCCGGAGCAGGCGCUGCUCGAGCCGGUGGUCGAAAAUCUGCUGGAGUGCAACAACAAGUCGCAGGCCAUGGACUACAUCUCGCUAUUGAGUCCCCCGAAACGUAAUGUUUUCAUGCACCUGUGUAUGUUCCUGCGCGCGGGCAUCGAGAGUCAGUACUACGAUCUACAUAAAGUCGCAUCCACCUUCGGUCGCAUACUUUUGCGAAGCACUGAGCGCGCCGCCUGGAUGGACUACCACAGCCGCUGCAUUCAGUUCAUGCGGCUUUUCAUUGACUCCGACGUAGAGACAAUAGGCAACGGCAAUGAAAGCGCAGGAACUGGCUCCGGAUCCGGGGCCAGGACCGGACUGCAGACAUAAUCAACGGCUCGCAGCCCCGGAACCAAGUGAUGGUUGUUGUACUCUGUUGAUAUUUAACUGUACGCAUAGUGUUAGGCUAUUUAUUUUACUUGUUGGUUCUUUGUUGGCACUUAGCAUUUAUAUUUUCUCUGUUUUACCUGUUAAUUGUUUGUGCCCGCCUUCUGUUCAUUCCAACUCGGCUGCCCGCCUUACAUCCCGGAAACACCUGGUUCUUGUUAUAUUGCAUUCAUCACAAAACACGGAGAUAAAACUAUAUAACAUCUAUAUGUCUUAGGAUUCUGCAUAUGGACGAUGGUGCAGAGGCUCGUAGAGCAGGAGCCCAACGUUAAAAUAAAUUGAUUGUGUAAAUAAGUUAUACGAAAUGUGCUGCACACCCGUUAAAUCAAUGUUUAGUUGAGCACGAUUGCUUAUUAGUUUAGAUUAAUGAAGAAUUCCGUAGGGAAUCGCGUGACGCCCUUAACUCCCGGUUUCAGUUGCAACUGAAAAUAAAUAACACCGUUACAUUCAGUAUCAAAA